UGCAAAAGAGGUCUGAAGCUGAGAUGCAACAAAGUUCCUGUUUAGUUACCGUUUUUCUCAUAUUUACUACCUGUGGCUUUACUGUCUUCAUAGUAAGUAUCUUAGAGGACCAUCAAUUUGAAUUCAGAUGGACAAAUAUGAGAUCCUUGGACUUGUAGGUGAAGGAAGCUAUGGAAUGGUGAUGAAGUGCAGGAAUAAGGAGAAUGGUAGAGUAGUUGCCAUCAAGAAAUUUUUGGAAAGUGAGGAUGAUAAAAUGGUUAAAAAAAUUGCCAUGAGGGAAAUCAAGCUUCUCAAGCAAUUAAGGCAUGAAAACCUGGUGAACCUUCUAGAAGUCUGUAAGAAGAAAAAGCGAUGGUACCUGGUGUUUGAGUUUGUGGACCACACCGUCCUUGAUGAUCUUGAGACGUUUCCCAACGGCCUGGAUUAUAAUAGAGUUCGAAAAUACUUAUUUCAGAUUAUAAAGGGAAUAGGGUUCUGCCAUAGUCACAAUAUCAUACAUAGAGAUAUUAAACCUGAGAAUAUAUUGGUCUCCUACUCUGGAAUUAUCAAACUCUGUGACUUUGGAUUUGCUCGAACGUUGGCAGCCCCUGGUGAAGCUUACACGGAUUACGUGGCGACGCGGUGGUAUCGAGCUCCGGAGCUGCUGGUUGGAGAUAUCAAAUACGGCAAGGCUGUUGAUGUGUGGGCUGUUGGCUGCCUGGUUACAGAAAUGCUUACCGGAGAACCCCUUUUCCCUGGAGACUCUGAUAUCGACCAGUUGUACCAUAUCAUGAAAAGUCUGGGUAAUUUAAUUCCAAGGCACCAAGAGUUGUUCUAUAAAAAUCCUCUCUUUGCGGGUGUGCGGUUGCCUGAAGUUAAGGAACUGGAACCUCUUGAAAAGCGAUAUUCCAAGCUCUCUGUUGCAAUCAUAGAAUUUGCAAAGCGAUGUCUGCAGACGGAUCCGGACAAAAGGCCAUCUUGUGCUGAACUGCUGCAAUGUGAUCUGUUCAGCAAAGAUUGUUUUGCUGAAAGAUUUACCCAGGAACUUAAAGCAAAGAUUCAGAAAGAAAGAGAGCACCCUUUGCCCAAGAAAUCAAAAAUAAGCAGGAAAGACAAAGACGAUUCUGGUGAUGAAAGAAAAAUGCUUGUAAUCCAGGAUGUCAGUGUGGAUUCAAAGAACAGGGACUCCAAGCUGUUCAGAAUGAAAUUCUCCAAGGCUGACAUAGAAAAAUCUGACAGAUUGUCAAAUACGAGUUUCCUGUAUGAGAAUGGAGGUGGACAAGUCAAAGCAAUUCCUCCGGCAACUUCAAAGGAUUCAAGUAGUAGUCUGGAUUACAUAAAGAAUCCCAGCAUAGUGAUUCCUCCCAUUGCACAGAACUACUCCACGAUAUCCAGCAUCAGUGGGACCCCUAGCAUAGUGGCAAAACUAGGAACCCACAAUUACAGGAUCGAUGAGAAGACCAAAAUAUAUUUCAAUCCUUUCAUAAAACAAGGCAAAAAAUCACCAGCAGGACACUAUAGUGUGAACUUGACAGCAGCAUCGGUCUCAAAUGAAAACAACGUCCUUCAGACAAACAAGAAAAGAUGGGAAUUUUCCAGAACAGAUGUGCGUUUGCCAGAACUUAACUAUAGCCAUCUUCCUGAACUCAAAGGUGUGGAAGCUCGGAAUUCCAGAUUUCUGAAGAAAGAAAACAAAACUAUUUCUGAGUCUCGCAUGCUGUCACUUGCCACGAUAGAUCUUCAAAACACAAGCUUGGCCCUGCACCAGGUUUCCAGAACCUCCUUGCAAGAUCCUUCAGAAGCCACCUUCCCCAGAGUAGAGCAUUAGCAACAAGUGGAGCCGAGGAUUCUUGUAUGAUUCACUCCAACAAGCGUCUGCAGCACUUCUACACCCCUGUUGCCUUUUGGAAGUCCAGGAAUCCUUUUUGUGGACGUACUUGAAGCAUGGGUGGGGGCAAGUAUUUUUGCUAUGUUCUGGAUAGUGACAGUAAAAGGAAGCAAUUUCUCCCACAAUUAUUCCAAAGUUGCCAAGGUGCUAAAAUUGCAACUUCAUUUCUUGCACAAUGCAUAGAAAAUGCCACCCUAAAUUAAUUA